AUGCAAGACAGCAAAAGUGGAGGACAGUCCUUAGGUGGAGGUGGCACUAGUAGUGACAAUGGUGGUUCAGCAUCAGCUCCACUAACGGCACAGGAAGUGAGGAAUCGUAGGCUUGCAGCACUGGAACGAUUCGAUAAGAAACCAGCACCUGUCGAGCAGUCAGCCUUCCCUACGACACCAAGGCCUCCAACUCCACCAAGAGCAUCGCAUACAACAUCGUCAUCGCACACUGCAAUGAAACCAAAUAAGGCAGCACCUGUGCCAAUUGACGAUGAGGACUCCAAACCAGCUGCGAUUCCAGACGACACCACUACUGAUCAGCAAAAGAAAACUGCUGCCAUUUCGUUUGAUGACCACCCAAUGACCAUCACCGCAGGCGAAGCGGACUACGAAGAUGAGGAUCAGGCGUUGCAAGCGGCCUUGGCAAUGUCCUUGGCUGAAUCAUCGCGAUCAUCACAACAGCAACAACAGCAAAUGCAUAGCAGGGUUGUGGAAUUAGACGAACAUGAACAAUUGGCGGCAGCUCUCAAGCUGAGCAUGGCGGGAGUGAGCAGCGGCAGCGCCACCACUGGAAGUAUCAGUCCUUCCGACAGCAACAGUCAAAGCAGUGUCGUCCCAAUGGACAUUAAUUCACCAACCAAGAAAUCUCCCUUCCAACCUGUACUAACCGACGAAGAUCGAUGGAGUCAGGAUGUGAAAGAUGUCAUGGAAACCACCGUGCAGCCCUGUAACAUUCUCGAUUUUCAUUGCAUCAUGUGGGAUCCAUCCGUGACCACGAGAAAUGAUCAGCAAAGAUGGUUGAAACAAGGAAUCAAAUUCAAGGUGGACGAUUCUCCUCUUCCAGAAGCCAAGGAUUCCUUGCUAGCUGCAAUGCUCACCAACAACUCCUGGGGACUGACUCAAGUACACGGAGGUCCCUGUGGUGUCCUGGCGUCACUCCAAGCUGAAUUCCUUCGAUUGCUGCUCUUUGGACCACGGAAAGUCGACUCCAAUGCGGCACAGCUCUAUUCCAUUGACUUUCCCGCCACUCUCAGCAAUCGAUUGGUAAAGAACAAGCCAGAUUUGUCACCCACCUUGUUACGGCAGGGUCUAGCAUUGGCUAUGGGCAUGGUCUUGGCUCGGGCAAGUAUGAAAGCAUCGGCCACACUGGCGGAUGACCACACCACCAAUGACGAAAAAGGAAAUGACCAAGGCGAAUCGCAAGUUUCAUCGCCCGAGCACUAUGCCAAAGAACCCAAAGUCACGCUGGCCAUGCCAAAAGCGACAAUGGACCAUGACUUGGACUGGGCAGAUUUGGAUCCAUGGUCGGCCGAUAAGGGUAUUGGUUUGUCGGAAACGAUUGUGACCUAUACUGUAUCCUUGCCCAUUGAAACUACUGCCAACAAGCGACCGAAACUAUCAUCGACUUCGGCCGCUGCCGCCAAGGAAGAAAUGGAAAAGGCGGACGAAGAAGAGAAACAAACGAUCAAAGAAUUGGCCCGACGGACCGCAAAAUUCUUGUUGGAAACCAACUUGAUCGAGUGGUUUCAACGCGACGGUGGCAUCCUACUCUUUGUGGCAAGUCUAGCCUUCUCUCGAGGAAUUCCAAAUGUGCAAGGGGAUAUGGAUGAUACGACUGCCAAAUUGACGUCAAGCUUUGGUCACUGCAGUCAAGAACUGAUCAAUUUGCUGCUGACGGGCCAGGCAGUCUCCAAUGUGUUUGAUCACACCCUUCGUCCAUCUGGGGAAUUGAUUUGCCGUGGGAUUCAGCUAAAACCUGACAUUGGGUAUCUGUCUGCUUUGGAGGCCAUGAGGUAUCUAGAAGUUGGAGGUUACUACAAGACACCAAAGUACCCAAUAUGGGUGGUGGGUAGUACCUCUCAUUUCACUGUCAUGUUUGGCGACGCUGCUUGCCUACAGGAGUCUUCGAGUGAUGUCUUGUUGGAAAAAGUUCGACGUGCAUUCAAGCGCAUGGAAGGCGGAGCCGAAGAGAAUGGAUUCAUUCAGUCCCAACAGCUCGGUCAAUUUCUCAAGUCUUUGGAUUUGAACAUUGCCGAUCAUAAUGUGCAGACUCUAGCUGCGACCAUGGAAGUCCAUGGAGCUGGAAUUAUUCUAUGGGAAGAUUUGUGGAAGAGAACGAGCCGGCUGCUGACGGGAGCAUCCUUGGAAGCGGUAUUGUCGGAUGAUGCGGACAAUGGGGCCGCAUCACAAACGGCAAUGGUGACGACUCCAGCUGCUGCACCAGAACAGUUAUCAGACGAAGAAUUGGCAAGGCGGUUACAAGCAGAGUGGAAUGGCGAACCAGUGGUACUUCCACCAGCUCCUGCCCCUGCACCGGCAGCUCAAAGGAAGGAAGAAUAUGGCAAGACGUUUCAAAUGUACCAUUACAAUGGUCUGAGGGGAGGCAAUCUGCGUUGCUUUCGUGUUACUCGGCUAAGUGCCGACGAAGCAAUUGGGGCUAGCGUUUCACUGGCGAGUGGCCAAAGUUCAAUACCCAUGAUGGUAGACAGCGGGAGUUUGGAAGAUGUCCUAAGAUGCAAGUGGCCAUCUUGCAAAAUCGAUUGGAUGGGGAACGCACAACCAAGUAUCGACUAA